UGGGAUAGGCUGGGAGUUUGGUUGGAGCCGUCAGCGGGUCGGGACAAGGCACAAGAAAAGAGGGGGCAAAGCGGCGUUAGCGAAGAAACCCGACCGACUCCUAACUUCUGAACGUUGGACAGGAAAUUGUAGCUUUACGGAAAACGGCGUUUGCUGCAAUCAGAGCCCACGGACCUGAUGACAAAGGAGCGUCGCGUCGGAAACUUUUUCCACCGGGUGUGAUCGCUCCCAAAAAAAGCCCAGCAGGGAAUUCUGUGCUUUCUUUUUUUAACGGAACCGCAAAAGAAGAGGACAUCAUGCCACGGCGCACCGUGCACGAAGUAACUGUGCAAGAUGUCCAGAAGCGAAGGAAUCCGAACAAACACUACGUUUACAUCAUCAAAGUGUCCUGGAGCGAUGGCAGCACAGAAAUCAUUUACAGACGUUACAGCAAGUUCUUUGACCUGCAGAUGGAGCUGCUGGAUAAAUUCCCAGUGGAGGGAGGCCAGAAAGACCCAAAGCGCAGGAUCAUUCCUUUCCUACCAGGUAAGAUUCUGUUCAGAAGGAGCCACAUCAGAGAUGUUGCGAUGAAAAGACUAAGGCCCAUCAAUGAAUACUGCAGGGCCCUCAUUCAACUGCCAGUUUACAUCUCCCAGUGCGAAGAGGUCAGAGUGUUUUUUGAGACCAGACCUGAAGACCUCAACCCACCCAAGGAGGAACCCAUUGGAAAGAAGAAGUCAGGGUUUGUGGAGAGAGCGACUACUUUCCUAAAGCGAGGAGAUUCCACCUCAGCAGACCCUCUCCUUCUCGACCAGUACGUGGCAGUAACAGACUAUGAAAAGCAGGAGAGCUCUGAGAUCAGCCUGCACGUGGGCCAAGUGGUGGAGGUCAUUGAGAAAAAUGAGUCGGGGUGGUGGUUUGUGAGCUCAGAAGACGCUCAGGGCUGGGUUCCUGCCACCUGCCUUGAGGCACAAGAUGAUCCUGAUGACUUCACAAUCCCCGGGGAAGAAGAAGAGAAGUAUUCAGUGAUUUACCCGUACUCGGCCAGGGACCAGGAUGAAAUUGACCUGGAGAGAGGCAUGGUGGUCGAGGUCAUUCAGAAGAAUCUGGAAGGCUGGUGGAAGAUCAGGUACCAGGGCCGUGAGGGCUGGGCCCCAGCCUCCUACCUAAAGAAGACUGACAUUCAGAUCCAGAAGCAGUCAGCAGGCGCUUCUGCUCAUGCCAGUACGAACGACCUAGACGGGUUUUCUAAACAAAACCAGCAAAACAACGCAGCUAAAGAGAACCGAGACAACAGCCAGAAAGAAAACAGGCUCUCAUUUUUCUCUGAUAGCAAAAGCAAAAUAGGAUCGAGACACAGACCUCCUCCACGCAGAGAUCUUACCAUUCCACGUGGUGCAAACCUACCAAAGCCACCCAUUCCUCCUCAGGUUGAGGAAGAGUUCUACACCAUAGCCGACUUUCAGACCACCAUCCCUGAUGGCAUCAGCUUCCAAGCUGGAGUCAAAGUCGAGGUGAUAGAGAAGAAUGCAAGUGGUUGGUGGUACAUUCAGAUAGAUGAGAAAGAAGGCUGGGCACCUGCCACCUUUAUCGACAAGUACAAGAAGACCAGUAAUGCUCUUCGACCCAAUUUCCUUGCCCCGCUGCCCAAUGAGAUGGAGAAGCUGAGGCUGGAAAAUGAUGGUUCAUCCAAUGCUUCAGAUGACAGCUGGUCUAAGCCUUUACCAGAUGAGCCAACCACAGCUCCCGAGUCCUGCGCCCGGCCUAAGCUGAGAGAUUGGAAGUCCAAUGCCAGCAAAGGUGCCUCUGCAUUCUCUGGGCCUUUGCCCCCAGCCCCAGCUGCCCCUCCAGUUGAGGAGAAACCAGCUCUGCCACCUCGAAGGGAGUCCAUCAAUAAGAGCUUUGAACUGGAAGUGGCAGAGAAACCAAGACCUGACCAUUCCAAGCCUUUGCCCCCAAAACCCCCAGGUCCUGGGGUCAUUAUGCCACUGCCACCCAAGGCAGCCCCCUUCAAACCUGACAAACCCCCAGAGUCCAAGAAAGAAGAUAAGAGCAAAGCUCUUCACCUUCGGAAUGAGAUGGGUCUUGAAUGUGGCCACAAGGUUUCUGCCAAAGAGGUGAAGAAGUUUAAUCUGAAACCUGUACCUAAACAGCCACCAAAACCCAAGCCAGAGGUGCAGGAAGAGAAACCAGAGGCAGCUGGCCCAGCAGUGUUGAUGAAGCCCAAGCCAGUUCUCCGACCUAAACCUGUGCCGGCUGCCAAGCCAGAUCCCCCAGCAGAGAACAAACUGGACAUUACUAACCUGAGAAGCAAGUUGAGGCCAUCAAAACCAGCUGAUCUCGGUUCUGCAUCAGCAGAGGUGAACCAUCAGAAUGACAGCUCAGCAGCAGUAAACAGUUCCCACCCAAGUUCCCCCCCAAGUUCUCCCCCGAUCCAUAUCCCAACUCUCAAUAAUGGUAAGUACUCCGAUGAGCCGAAACUCCCCCCAAAACACAUUAAUGGUCAUAGCCACGAGAGUUCAUCACCACCUGCAAAACCAGCAGUUCCUCCCCACAAGGAACCUCCUCAGAGACCUCCUGCCAUGGCUCCAAGGAGACCUCCUCCUCCAAAGAAAACCGACCCAUCAAGCCCAACCGAACCCAAACCUCCACCUGCUCUAAAAGAAGCCCAGGACGUUCCCAAGGUUGGACCACCACCACUCAGCAGACCCCCUCCCCCAAAACCCAAAGGGUUUGUUCAACCACCUCCAAACAAAGAAAAAGAAGAGCCCAAAGUAAAUAAAGUCCCGAUUCCUCCCAAGCCCCAGCUGAAGAGUGAGAAGCCUGGACCGCCCAAGGACAAGCUCCCACCUUUACUCAAGGAGCCCAGUAAGGAUGAGCUGUAUCUAGCGGUUGCAGACUUUGAAGGGGAUGAGCAAACAUCUGCCUUCAAGGUGGGUACAGUGUUUGAGGUCCUGGAAAAAAACAGCAGUGGCUGGUGGUUCUGUAAAAAUGUAGGAGAAGAAGCCGAGGGCUGGAUCCCCUCGAAUUACCUGAGCAAGAAACCUUAGGUAGUGAACAUGCUCUCAAAUAUCACCAUAUCAAAAAAACAAAAAAAAAAGGAGGAAAAUAAGGAUUUAAAUGAACAAAAUAUCACUAGUUUCUUGCUACUUAGCAUUGUUUUAUUUAUAGGUACCUUUUUUUAUUGAUGUUUUCUUAUGUUUAAUUUUGAUAAAAAAUAAAAAAUAUUCUACCUACCAACUGAACCAGCAAUAACACAUGACCUUGUUGGGUUUUGUGAUGUUUACCUAUUUUUGUUUUUAAUAGAUAUUAUACGAACUCUUAGGUAAAAUGUUACUUCCUUCUGUUGCCAUAUGCUCGUCACAGCCUGUGUCAGUCGUGCCAUUACUCAGGCUAGACACUAGAAAAGCAGUAAAUGUAUCCACACCCUUGCCUUUUAUGAUAUAGUGCCUCAAUAUUUUAUGCAAAUUGCUUCAGUGCUUAAUAAACUGUAUGCAACUGUAGACAUAGUCGUUGUUGGAAUCUUGAAAUCAUUUGACAAAAAAAUCAAGUAUCUACAUCAAAGGAGUAUAGACUAGAUGUUCAAAUCCUGCCAGUCUCUCCCCAGCAGUAGAGAAAAACAAACCCUAAUCCCGUAGAUAAAGACUGCACAUGAACUCUCUGGGGGAGUUCAUUGACUACAUCUGGGCUUUCAAGUGCUUUUAGCAGAUACUACAAGAUAUGUCUUUGUCAAGUAGAAGUGCUGUUUGUUAUACUAGAAAUAUGCAUAUUGUUUUUUGUUUUGUUUUUUUCCUGCUAUUGUAAUGCUUUUCUUCAGUGACUGCAUAAUUAAUGUUGCAGUCACUUGUAACAGAUGUGCACUUUCAGUCAAGUCAGUUGAGGUAAAUUUUAAGGUUUGCACACACUGAAGGAAAGGGGAAGAAUGCCACGGUGCAUUUGUCAUGUUUUUUUUUUGUUUGUUUGUUUUUUUUAAUCGUCACUAUAACAAAAUAUCCACCUCAAUCGACAAUAUAUAAAGAUGAGGCUAGAUUAUCCAAACCGAGAUGUCGAGCAAAAGCUCCAGGUCUCUAUAUAUGUUAACAUAAUCAUGUUAUCUCACACAAAAAUUCAUUUGUAAAAUGUGAAUUGCAGAGCACAUCUGACCAUACAAAUUAAAGCUCUACAGUGAUUUGUGCAAUGAUUUACAGUAUUGUAAGUGUACAUUCUGUUCUUAACCGAAGUUUGGUGCUCAAAUAACAACAAAGAAUGACCAUUGUAUAAAAAUAAUGUUUUACAAUAAUGCUUGACUGGUCUCAAGCAUGGUCAGUAUAGCAAAUUAUUUUUAUUGUACAGUAAUGAGAGUCAUAUCUUAACUGUUGUCGCUUUUCUUUAAUGAUCCAUCUUUUAUUUAGUUGUUCUUUUCUUUUUCCUAUAUACUUUUUAGAAGGGGUAAAAAAAACAAAAUGUUCAGGAAGGAAUCUGGAUGGUUGAGGUAUGGGAAUACAGAGGAUUUCUAUUUCUGUCAAGAGAUAAAUGAAAAGCAGAUCACUCAAGAAAGGUAUGUGAAACAACUGGCUGCUAAUUUCACAUCAAGUGGUCCAGGAUUUUUUUCUUCAUUAAGUGUUAGGUUUACAAAAUAACUAAUAAUCCUAAAGUAAAGAAACAAUGUAUGUCUGUGGUUCUGGAUAUAAUGAGACAAGGCUACAAGCUGUAACACUGAUUCUGUUCUGCUUCUAGUUGCUAUAAUCUUACACCACCUUCCAGUCAUAUUUUACACAGAAAAUAACAGUAUGUUACCAACUAGUGGGGGGAGAAAAGAGAAACAAUUUAAAAUAUGCCUAAAAUCGCAUUGUUCUGGUGUGUUUUAUGUGAACAUGGGCAGGAAGGUACAGACAGUACAAGGCAAAUGUAUGGGUUAAAAUGGUGUUGUUAUUUCAGUAUUGUAAACUAUUUACUUUUUUUGCUAUGUAUUUUUCAUUACAAUGAGUCUGCUUUUGCUUUAAGUCAAUAAAAGUUUCUGAUUUUUCA